AUCUGAUACCUUAUUACCACUAUUACUACACCUCCUUUCUUCUUUCUCACGUGCUCAUGCUCCAAUCAAUGUACUAACGAAACUAAGAUUUGGUUAAAAAAAUAAUUAGAUAUUCUGUAUUAGAACCAAUAUAUAUGUAAGAGGUAACUGCCUUUAAUCCAACGUUGUUUGUUUUUGUAACUCUCGAACGUUUUUCCACACUUUACUUUGUCUCCGAAUCUUUCUUUCAUUCCUAACCCUUCUUCAUUUCCAACCACCCGUCACCAAAAUGAGCAAGUUGUGGAUUUUCAUCACCCAACUUAAUUCCAUUGCUGGGCCAGUGUUGAUGUUACUAUAUCCUUUGUAUGCUUCGGUUGUAGCAAUUGAGAGCACAUCCAAGGUGGAUGAUGAGCAAUGGCUUGCUUAUUGGAUCAUUUAUUCAUUUCUCACCCUUGUGGAAAUUGUUCUUGCGUCCCUCUUAGAGUGGAUACCAAUUUGGUAUAAUGCGAAACUAUUUCUGGUGGCAUGGCUAGUUUUGCCGCAGUUCAAAGGUGCUGCUUUCUUGUAUGAAAAGUUUGUGAGACCACACGUUCGAAAAUACAUCACACCUAAGAAGGUGUAAAACGAUUCAUGAGGCAUACUGAAAAGGAAGAAGAAGGAUGGUGCUGCUGAGCAGGAUGACUUUAAGCUUUGGACCAAAGAUUGAAUUCGUUUUAGUUUUUGGUCUUGGGACGAGCUUAUUAUUUAGUAUUUGAUUAGAAAUUAAUGCUAAUUGGGUUUAUGUUCAUCUCUAAUGUAUGGCUUUAGCCACAGUUUCAAAUUGUUGUUUCAUUUCAUCACAACCACAUAACUUAGUAAUGUUACUUCUUCCGUUCACAUCUGUUGUUGCAAUAAUAAAUGGUUAUUUCAAAGAAA